GGUAGCUUGUGCUAGCCAAAACAAACAUGUAGGUAGCUUUAUGCACGCUUGACGGCACGUGCCAUUGUCAACUCUGUCUAUUUGCUGUUGGUAUAUUUUACUCACUGCUGUGCAGGCACCAAGCUAAAUAGUUUGUUUCCAGACGCACAGCAAAGCAAAGACGCAACUACGGCCAAUCUUCACUGCGUGCAGCGAGAGUAAGAAAAAUGGUUGUUUAGGUGCCCUUUGAAAAAAACGUGUUCAGCGGCGUGUUCAACACACAGUGACGGCUUCGCCCGCUGCAAUUUGUCGACUGUGACAACUAUCGCGGAUAUGAAUGGCAACAGGUACAGAAACACCAGACGUCCUCCGUGGCCUCAAAGUAACAACAGCCAGCGUUGGCAGCCCCGUUCAAACGUGUCCACUUUCGGCUACCGCCGUCAUGAGCUCAACGAGAAGUCGCCGAGCCCGUACCACAGGCAAGGCGCUUCUGGGGACAGCGUAAAGUACAGUGAAGAUGACAUUGACUUUGGUUUUCGUAGACAGCAACAGGACAACUUUCAAAGUCGGGAUUCCUACGACGCCGACUCUGGAGAUGGUGAGCGAACAUUCCCCGCGUCUCGCAGCGUCGGCAGGCACGUCGCAGGAGCAGCCGGGCUACGAGGUUCACGAUUUGAUGAAAGCUGCGUUCGACACCGACUUUCGUCUUUCUCCCCGCCCACAUCACGCCUGAAGAAAGACAGGCACGAUUGUAACUGGAAUCCCUAUCGGACGGUGUCUGCCACAGCUGCACAACAGAAGCUGCCGCCGCCAAUCUUGAAGAACAAAACCUCCAACCCGUGGAAGGCGGAAGAAUGCGGCACUGGAGACAUCGCCCGCCGCGACACCGCACCGAUGCAAGCUCACCAAUCGAGGAGUGCGAAUGUCGACCGUUCCUUUUUUGUUGACCGCGCGGUUAGCCCAAGACCGCGCAGACCACCCUCAAGAGCACCACCUCAGUGCCCCAGUCCUGUCUCAAGAGCACUGCUACCUACGCCCAAUCUCUCGCCGAUUCCCGUUCGGCCGAAAACUCCGAAUCCCGUUCGGCCGCGUACUCCGAAUCCUACUCGACCGCGAACUCCGAAUCCCGUUCGGCCGUACACGCCUGCUAGGAUCACUUGCCCGGACGAGCCUGCCGGCUGGGAAACGCCGCCACGCAAUGUGGGAACUCAAGGUUAUUUUGAGUCGUUGAGGCAUCGCGAACAAGAGAGAAACCUGUUUGGCAGGAAUCAUGUACCACAGAGCAGUUUCAGGGUGGACGGUCCGUCUGUGAACUGUGCCCGGCAGACAACGCACCGCGAACUGAAUUUUACAAUUCCGAGCUCCGACGAGACGCUCACAUUUACGGACUUUCGCAUCAGGGACGCUAAAUCUGGCGGCCGUUUCCUCGGCAAUGACAGUGGCCCUGAAAAUGUUCCCUCCAUUGGCUUUCAGGGAACUUGGAGGGGAAGAGGUCCAGAGGGAAACAAAAUGAGUAGUACAAGGAACGUUGUAACUGGCCAGGAGUCCGAGGGAAACCAAGUGAGAAGCAGUUCAAGGAACUUUGUAACUUGCCAGGUGUCCGAGGUGAAUGGUGCUACUUUUGCAGCAAGGCCUGAACAAGCUCCAGGUCGUGUGGCUUCCAAGAGGCAGAACAUAGGAGAUGCCCGCCUCAUCCUGGACAAGAAAAGAAAGUGUACCUUUGAAGAAGAUAGCGAGGAAAACACAGAAUCAUCUCAGCACCAGCCUGCUAACCACACGUCCCUUGCGAAUGCUCAGCAGUCUGCCAACAAAUCAUCUCUUGCCGCGGCUCAGUUCCCUAAGCAGAAGGUCAUGAAGGAGAGUGUGCAACACAACACAAGGCUCUGGGUUGAAAGUCAUUUCUUUGAGGGUGAUCCUGCCACAACACAUGCGCCUGACAUUCAUGAAGUUGACGAGAGCAGGCUCUUGCCAACGGGCAUCCAACCAGAAACUAUCAGCUAUGUUGUUUUCCUGGACAUUGAUAAGAGGAGCUGCUUUGAGGAAGUCCAGCAGCCUUUCUUGGCUGGCACGCUACUGUACCUGUUCUACAGUGACCCCUCAGUGCUGCUGCCCACGAGGGAGCAUCCGUUUUACAAAGAUAACCGUGGCAGCUGGGCCCACUUCUAUCCGGACUGCGGCACCGAGUACGGCUCCUACCUGGUGGCUGCACCAGCUGUGAUAAGCUGGAUGGACCAGAAGCUGCCUCAGAAGGUCAAAUUUCUGGUUCAUGGGCACCAGAAACUGCUGCACUUGGACAACCUCUCGAGGAAGGUCAUCUACUACCCAACAUCAAGGACGCUGGAUGUGCAGUUGCUGAACAGAAUGCUCAAAGGAGACUUUGACUCCGCAAAGCGUCUCAACGCAGCUGCUGCACCUGUGGCAAUGAAAACCAUCGUCAUCAGGAGCGCAGCUGCACCACUAGAAGGCAAUCCCUUGCCCACACAAGCCACUAGGAACAUUCCGGCUCAUUCUCCACGCUCACAGACUCCAGGCAGCAACAACAGCUUGGAUGUUCAGCCCAAAUCGCCAACAGUAUCCAGGAAACGAAUGCCCAUCCUGGCCCCAGGCCAGUCACCACCAAAGCCGCCAGAGAAGCCGCCACGGCAGAAAGUGCUGUGGGACCUAUAGUUGCGCUUGAUGAUGCCUUACUCAUUCAUUGCCCAUAUUCAUCACAGUUGUACCAAGGCUAUAAGUGCCUUGCAAAGAUUUCUAGCCUUCAAACUUCAGAGGGACACCUCAUAUGUAUAUGGACCAUCACGUUUCUGUACCAUUGAUAAAUCAUUGUUCAAUGUUUUACUUACCAGCAAAGACGCUGGAGGUAUUGUGUAAUUUAUUAGUGCAGGGCAACUUUAACCUAUGCACAAGUCAUACCUCAAGUGUAUUUCUUUUCGCUUGUCAUUACUUGUUUUGUUACUGUUCUGUGAUAGUCACACCAUGAAGUACAUGGAGAUGCUUGUCCUGUUUUUCAGAGAAAUAUAAGCAAGUUUUUGUUAUAAUAAUUCUGUUCUGCAUUUAAAAGCCUGCAAGAUGCUGCGAGGUUGCCUACCAUUUCUCAGUAUGAUGUUACAUAAUAACCAUACGUGAAAAGCCAAUUUCUGUGGACAGUGCCAUGAAGCGCGUGGAAAUGUUUUUCCUGUUUGUGACGAAAUACAUGUGUUUCUUUUUUAUAAAA